UCCACCCUCACACCCAACCACUCAUUCACCCAUCCAUCCAUCCACCCACCCAUGUAUUCAUUCAUCCAUCUACCCACUCAUCCAUUUAUCCAUCCACCUACCCAUUCAUCCCUGCAUUCAUUUAUCCACCCACCCAUCCAUCAUCCAUCCAUCCAUCCAUCCAUCCAUCCAUCCAUCCAUCCAUCCACCCAUUCAUUCAUCCACCCACCCAGCUAUUCACAACUGGCUCCAAGGUUGGCGUUGGGAAGGUUCUGCAGGUGGUGGCUGGGAGUACAGGCUGAGGGCCUGAAUUCCUUCGUGACAGUGGGAGAAUUACCACAUUAACUACUUCUCUGGAAUAGUAACAAUAAUAGUUCCAACCUUGUGGAAUUGUGAGGAUUAUGUGAGAUGAUGUAUGUAAAAUGCCUACUAUAGUGUCUGGCAUGCAAUGGGCACUCAAUAAUUGUCAGCUGUCAUUUUUCUCUGACACCCCAUCUUGUUCUGCUCUUCUCUGGUUCUGGAUGGUUGCUAUGCUGUGAAGGUGUGGGGCAUCAAAGGUGCAGGCCAGAGGCCCUUCCACCUCCUGUGGGGCCCUGGGGAAGUGAGCAGAAAUGUGGGUUCAUGUGGUUAUGUCUUACUUGUGAGCCCCUCUGAGAAGAGCAGCACCGCCUGCAGUAACUUGGCUUUACUCUUUUAACUUUAGGAUGUUCUAGUGACUGGAUCCUUUCCAGCUGGUGCCUGGGAAAUGGCAGCCACUACUAAUUCAGCCUUGAAGACAGUACCGUGCCCACUCAGCACCAUUACGUAGAAGACAGAACUCAAGAGGCUUUGAGCUGCUCGGAGCAGGGGCUGGAGCAGCCAUGACCCGCUGGAAGUCCCUCAAGGCCCCUGGGCCACACAAAUCCAGCCCCUGUCAGCUGGUGGCCUCACGCCGGCGUCUGAGUGCCCCGGCCCUGGCUGCCUCCUUCUGGAGGGUCCAGGAAUCUGGGGCUGAGCCCCCUUCCCAGCACAGCCUCAGGGGUCCCCCCUGCCGCCGGCUCCCUACCUCCAGGCCCAGGCAGAAGCAGUGUCCACCAUUCCGGCCCUGCGUCCCAGCUCCUCAGCGUCAUGGAGCUGCCCUGCCUGGAGCUAGCCUGGGGGCGAGCCAGGGUCCCCCAACCCCUGGGAUGACCGCGGCCAGCCGGGCCAACCCCUACAGCAUCGUGUCAUCGGAGGAGGACGGGCUGCACCUGGUCACCAUGUCGGGCGCCAACGGCUUCGGCAACGGCAAGGUGCACACGCGGCGCAGGUGCCGCAACCGCUUCGUCAAGAAGAAUGGCCAGUGCAACAUUGAGUUCGCCAACAUGGACGAGAAGUCACAGCGCUACCUGGCUGACAUGUUCACCACCUGUGUGGACAUCCGCUGGCGCUACAUGCUGCUCAUCUUCUCGCUGGCCUUCCUUGCCUCCUGGCUGCUGUUCGGCAUCAUCUUCUGGGUCAUCGCGGUGGCACACGGUGACCUGGAGCCGGCUGAGGGCCGCGGCCGCACACCCUGUGUGAUGCAGGUGCACGGCUUCAUGGCGGCCUUCCUCUUCUCCAUCGAGACGCAGACCACCAUCGGCUACGGGCUGCGCUGUGUGACGGAGGAGUGCCCGGUGGCCGUCUUCAUGGUGGUGGCCCAGUCCAUCGUGGGCUGCAUCAUCGACUCCUUCAUGAUUGGUGCCAUCAUGGCCAAGAUGGCAAGGCCCAAGAAGCGGGCACAGACGCUGCUGUUCAGCCACAACGCCGUGGUGGCCCUGCGUGACGGCAAGCUCUGCCUCAUGUGGCGUGUGGGCAACCUGCGCAAGAGCCACAUUGUGGAGGCCCAUGUGCGCGCGCAGCUCAUCAAGCUGCGGGUCACCGAGGAGGGCGAGUACAUCCCGCUGGACCAGAUCGACAUCAAUGUGGGCUUCGACAAGGGCCUGGACCGCAUCUUUCUGGUGUCGCCCAUCACCAUCCUGCAUGAGAUUGACGAGGCCAGCCCACUCUUCGGCAUCAGCCGGCAGGACCUGGAGACGGACGACUUUGAGAUCGUGGUCAUCCUGGAAGGCAUGGUGGAGGCCACAGCCAUGACCACCCAGGCCCGCAGCUCCUACCUGGCCAAUGAGAUCCUGUGGGGUCACCGCUUUGAGCCCGUGCUCUUCGAGGAGAAGAACCAGUACAAGAUUGACUACUCGCACUUCCACAAAACCUAUGAGGUGCCCUCUACGCCCCGCUGCAGCGCGAAGGAUCUGGUAGAGAACAAGUUCCUGCUGCCCAGCGCCAACUCCUUCUGCUACGAGAACGAGCUGGCCUUCCUGAGCCGUGACGAGGAGGAUGAGGCGGACGGAGACCAGGACGGCCGAAGCCGGGACAGCCUCAGCCCCCAGGCCAGGCAUGACUUUGACAGACUCCAAGCUGGCGGCGGGGUCCUGGAGCAGCGGCCCUACAGACGGGGGUCAGAGAUCUGAGCCAACCUUGGCCGACAUGCAGCAUCCCCCCUGGCCGGGGAGAGGCCCCGCGGUCGCUCAGGGGCCCCGGGUUUGAGCAGAACGGGCCCAGUGCCCUGGGUUGCAGACUCAGUAGCGUUUUAGUCGUUUUAUGUUUCUUUGCAACGGCCUCAGAAGGUUGGCCGGAGAGGGGGCAGCCAGAGCGGCAGCCCCCGGCCUCAGAGGCUAUCACAGGCUCAGGGCAAAGAAGUAGCCUCCUGGGGGGCCAGGCCACGGGGGCCAGGGCUUCUGCCUGAAGAUGGAGCUGCAGCCUGCGGGGAAGCAGCUCAGCUCGAUGGUGGGCCCAGCCUCUGCUGUCCAAGGCUGGCUAGCUGCGGUGCUCCUUGCUGGUUUUUAACUUGGGGAGAAACACCGGGUUUCAGCUUUCUCGACCUUAGCUUGGGUGAGACUGUUUACAAAAAAAAAAAAAAAAAAAAAAAAAUUACCAUGCAAUUGAAAAAAAUUAUUUUAAUUCAUAGGGGGCAAAAAGAACAAUUAGAAUUCCAUGGGUCUGCCAGGAUGCAGCAGCUGGCUGGAGGCUCCAGAGGGUUCCCCGAGGUGGGACCGGCUUCUCCCCGUGUGUGUGGGCACUGCAGUCCCUGGGCAAGCAGGGUGCUCUGGGGCCGCACUUUGUCGAGCUCACGAGCCAGCUAGGCUCUGUUUGUGAUAGAAAAAUCAAGACCAUGUUAAUGAUCGUAAUAAAAGCUUUCUGCUGUCUUUGGGGUGCUGGGUGGGUCUGGGAAGAAACUGGUUUGAGCUUUUAGAGUUUGCCUUUGUACCUUAGAGAUGUGUCUCAGGGCCAGGCAUGGGACUUGCCAUCGAGGGUUCCUCCUCCCACCCUUGAUUUUCCUGUUUUGCUUCUUUCUCCAUUUCUGUCCAGGCCUCUGCCCAAUUCCACAGUGAGGGGUGGUUAGGAGCCAUAGGCCGGGAUGGCUCCUUGGGAAGGGAAGUCGGGAUCCCAGGCUAGGAGGAAGCUGGCAGCCGCGUCCCCACUGGGCCCACAGUGUGAGUCGUGCCUUAGAGACUCCGGGUUGUCCUGUUCUUUCUGGGCUUGCUCAUCUCCCCCCAACCCUGUCCCACCCCACCCCUCCCAUACCUCCACUGCUGAAGUUCCUCCAGCCCCUCUGUCUGCCUUGUGAAGGUGGCAGGGGCCAGGUUUGCCUGACAUAGGACCACAUCCUGUCCCUCCCUCACCUGGAGCAGCACAGCGGAGUUCAGGCAGGGCACAGCCAGGCCCUGGUCAGCGCUGAAUGGCAGAGGAAAGAUCUUAGGAAAGGAGAGGAAUCACCACCCCCUCCUGCCAACUGGGAUGACCGGAGGUGAGCGUGUGCGUCCGGCUCAUGUGUAGGAGGCUGUGUGUGUGCCCAUGUGAACCCACGUACUUGAGUGUGUGUCUGUGUGCAGCCUAUGCCUGCUGCUCAGAGCAUGGUGGCCACCCCCUGAGCCUCUGCUGGUGCUGUGCUGCCCGGUCCCCACCCAGAGGGUCCUGGGGGGUGGGGAGGAGCCACCGUUGGGAGGCCCCUGUACGGGGUGUCUGCCCUGCGUGAGGUCAUAGAAUGUCAAAUUAUUUUAAAUGGUGAAACUGGAGAAUUUUCAUGUUAUUUUCAAUACAUAGCAGUAUCUAAAGACGUAGGCGAUGAGACUAGACCACAUUAAAUGCAUUUUGAUCUCUUUGA